AUGUCCGGAGUAACGGCGCACUCGCAAGUGCAGCAAUUCGAAGACGAUGAGAUGAACGAGAUAAAAAAGACGGGAACUUCGUGUGAUAGACUGCGGAUGGCGUUGAAAAAGUGCAUCAAGAACUCUCAUUGCGUCCAAAUCGACGCCCGGUCGGCGAAGGAAUGCAUCGAUGCCCACGACGGAACGGUGCCGAACAAGUGCUUCGCCAUUCUUCAGAACUUCACCGACUGCAAACGAUCUUUGGUUGAUAUGAGAUCGAGGUUCCGUGGAAGAAAGGGUGAUCUUUAA